CCGCUAAUUACUCUUCUGAAGACCGCAAUAGACUGUCGGAAUAUAGCGAGUGGACAGUCAGAAGUCCGGCGUUGUUUUCUUUGAUAGGCUUUUCUUCCACGGAGAUAUAAGAUGGCUUUUUAGCAAUUGAUGAUAUUUACCUUGAUUGUUUAUGUGAUUAUGUGGGACGCAACAUAACCUACCUGUAUGUCGGAGCGUGUGAAAGCUUGGUGACAGGUUUACCUGCCGAUAUAUUGUGGUCAUCCCAUUUGGAAUGUAAACACCCAAAAUGGCUUCUAAGUGUCGAAAGUUUGUGCCUAACAUUUUCAAUAAGACCAAGUGUCAAAACUGCUUUGGAGCUAAAGAAAACCAUUCCGCAGAGGCAUUGGAAAAUAAUAAGGCGUCACGGAAAGUGUCAAAAUGCGGAUACUUGUUUGUGUCUCCCGGCUUCGACUUCAACAACCCCCUUGACAGAACUAGGAGAUGGCAGCGGCGGUUCUUUGUUUUGUACGAUGAUGCCGAGCUCACAUGGUCUGUGGAUGAUAAUCCUGACACGGUACCGCAGGGCACUAUCGACAUGAACAAAUGUUCCGAUGUCCAGGAAGCAGAGAAGGUGACCGGCCACAUCAACUCUGUGUCUGUCAUGACCCCUGAGAAGACCAUCUAUGUCAAGGGAGAGUCUAAGGAAGAGUCACAAUGGUGGUAUGAUGUCCUAAUCGAGUUUCCUAGAUCCAUGAAUGCAGUAUUGAAACCACGCCGGAAGUCAACACUAGGCCUGAGUAAUAAGGAAAACGUGCAGCCUGAGGGAUCCAACAAAAAGGGCGAAGAUGGCAAGGAUAUCCUGAAGGGGAGGUUCGAGGUUGAGAAGGUGAAGGGAAAGUCGGAUAUGCCAACAUUUUCCACAUUUAAGGGAGUUCGUAGUCUGAAGCACAAGUAUGACAAGAACUACCAGGAUGGCUUACGUAAGAGUAGCAGUUUGCACGACUUGUCUUCAGAGGAAAAAAAAGUGGAUAGCGAUUUGGUGUCAUCCAGAUUCCUCAGUCGAUCAGGCGAUCGUCUUGACUAUGUCAGCAAAAAUAACAGUCUGUACAACAUCUCAGGUCAUCCAAAGAUUCUGUCAGAUUCAAAAUACACGAGUAGCCCUUACUUCACCCUACCUCGCGUCAACCACUCCCCAGCACUCCUACUACCCAAACCCUACCCAGGAGCUACAUCCACGCCGGUGUCGUCUGCUUCCACCCCCUCCAACAGACGCAGUUCCUUCGAUGACCGACCACAGAAGAAGAACCUCUCUGCGGCGGAGCGUGCCCGGCAACAUCGGGAGAGGUCAACCAGCAUGAAGGACUUUCCCACCCAGUUGUCCCUCCCCCGUGAUGAUGGGGCAGGGGACAUGCUGUCCAAAGUGCCGGACGAUGGCGCCAGUGAAAGCAUGAGCACCGAUGAGACAGAGAGCAAUGAAACUGAUGAACUUAAAAUGGCCCGCAGUUCCGAGCUGAGCGCAGCUAACAGAGCCCACUCCCUAACAUCCACCCCUGUCAGUCCAGAUCCCAAGGGAACUAAAUAUGAGGACUUGGUGUACAUGAAGAAAGGCUGGCUUAUCAAGCAAGGCCCUCUUGACAAGGACAUGAAGAAACACUGGUUUGUCUUGGCUGGCAACUCUCUCCGCUAUUACCGCGAUGCUAAAGCUGAAGACAUGAAUAGUCUUGAUGGCCGCAUUGACCUUUCAACCUGCUAUGAGGUGUCAGAGGUCAACACAGCCAGGAACUAUGGAUUUAAGAUCAAGACCCGAAAUGGGGAAUAUAACCUGGCGGCCAUGACAUCAGGGAUCAGGAACAACUGGAUGAAGGCCAUUCGACUGUGUAUGGACUUGCACAGUUCCGGCCGUACACACAGUAUGCCAUCAUCAACUCUUGCCAGCAAAACUCUAACAGGUGUCGGGACAAGGGCUGUUGAUGAUUUUGAUGUAGGAGCCACAUCUAGUCAGACCACGACAGUGACCGGGUCCAUGGGUGAAACUGCCUUCCAGUUGGUCGGACGGAGAGAGCAGAACAAGAAAGACACCAAAAAUACAAGGAGGCAUCAUUCUGAUGUCAAUCCAGGAAAUGUCAGCAAAGCUUUCUCAGUCAAAGAGUUUUCGUCCACCCUUGACCAAGUCCCGGCUGGCAAUUCAUCCAGCACACAAAGCAUCGGUAGUGAUCGCAGCACGCAAAGCAUGGACUAUGAACACUCCAAUAUAGAGAACAAGGGAUCGCCCCGUCUGUCCCGGGGAACAAAGAUCCCAAGACACCACAUUCCUCCACAGGAUCUUACUUGGCAAAGUGGCAACAACCCACCACUGAAAAGAUAUGUGGAAGGCAGUGACAAUGCACCAUCUGCGCCAGGGGGCGAUACCGCUCGAGUCCCAAAACGCUCCAUCAUGAGCGAGAGCAGCAAGGAAGAAGAACAGAGGGAGAAGAUGCGACGUGGCAUGUCGCCGAGUGCAAGGGUGAAGGAAAAAACACGACCGGCUAAAGCUGCCCGCAUGCACUCCCCACCCCCCUCAGAUGAUCAAUAUCACUUCAAUCUGUCCAGCUCCAGUAAAGAGACCUACUCUGGAGAGUCUGAUAAUGACGAGGUCGAUAUGGGGGACCGGAGUCUGUCACAGGACCAGUUUAAUGAUGAACAAAUGCGAUCGGAAGAUGAUGACAACAUGAUGGGUGGAGCUUCGUCAGGGUCCAUCAGUGAUGGAGGCGGGGUUCUUGUGGAGUUCCUGGAAACUGAGGUGGAAUCUCUGAAAGAUCGGCUGGAGAAGUCUCAGCAUGACCUUGCCAAGAUGCAUGAGACAAACAGGGACCUGAAGAGUCGUCUUCACACGUCGGGCUCACAGAGCCACCACAUGGAGAACCCGUAUGUGAGCGGAGGGCGCUGGGGCCAACAGUCAUCACAAUAUGAUGCAUCACAGGUCCAAGGUAUGAAGAAACAGAUGAAGGAUGCCAAGGACACUGUCCAGAAACAGAAGUCCGAGAUUGACAACUUGAAGUCCAAACUGGACAUGUCGGUUUCCAAACUGACAGGGACGGAGAAGGCUCUGUCAGAAGCCUUGAAGAACCUUAAGCAGGAGAAGGACAGGUUCAUCAAGCUGACUAGUGAGUGGAACCGACGAAUCAGAACCCUGGAAACUGAGCUGAAAGAUAAAUCCUUGAAACUUGAAAGAAGUCGUGAGAGCCUGUUGUCAAAGGAGCGUGAAUGUCAGCAUCUUGAAUCUGAUGUAAAGAGCCAGCAGCAUAAGAGUAGAGAAAAUGAGAGGGAGAUCUUGAGAAUGAAAGUAGUGGAAUCUGAAUACAAACAAUUGAAGGAAAAACUGGAUACUAAGGAAAAAGAAUUGUUGGCUAUGCAGAAGCUGCUGAAAGAUAAAGAAUUGGAAUGUAAGAAGGUGGCAGAAAAAUUUAAGAAGCAAAUCGAAGAGAUGGAGCAAGAUUAUGGUCAUGAGAGGGAUGAUCUUGAGAAUCACCUUGAGCAGAUGAAAGCUCAACUGUGUCAAGCUCAUGAGAGGCAGACCACGAUGAAGGAUUCUAUCACCAGCAAUAUUUCUGAUCUCAUGAGAGAGAAAAAUGAGAUCAUUUCGCAGCUCGAGGAAAAAUUGAUUGAAAAUGAGAAAAAGAUGGAGGAUAUGAAUGAGAACUUCCAGGCAAUGAUGGCUGAAAACACAGAGUUGGUAAAUAGUGUAGAGUCUCUACAGGAUGAGAAGACAAGGCUUCAGGACAAACUUGGAGAGAUGGAGAAAUACCUGGGUGGACUUCAUGACAAGAUAACACACUAUGAGCCAGAUAAUGUGUCUCUCAGGAAACAUAUGGAUGAACUCAGGAAAGAGAACCAACUGCUCUCAGAGAAGCUCAGCUCCGAGAAGAAGUCUUAUUCUCUGCACCAAAGAGAGAAGGAGGAGCUACAAAAGACAAUACAAGAUUUGAACAAACAGAUUCAGGGACUUCAGUUGAGGCUGAUAGAGAGGUUCGAGGACAUCGACCAGGCUCAUUUGAGCAGGUCUUCCUCAGGGGGAGAUUGCCAGGAGCUUCUCCACAGUGUACUUAUCAUGGACUCAGAGCUCAAGGAAAUCAAUACAAUGCUUCUUGAGCUCAGGCAAAAUUUUGAUGCAUAUCUGGACUCUCUUCAGGGUGAAAGUCGGUUGAAAUUUACGAGUUUGGCUGAUAUGAUUGAAGACAUUGGCAGAAAGUGUCAUUCUGUGCAGGAAAUUCUAAAGGACUCUGUUGACCCUUCGCUUACAGAGUCUGUAGGUUCUGAUUACAAACAUGAUGUUAAGGUAGACUCUUCUUCAGAGAGCCAUGUGAUAAUGGAUGAAUAUGGUAGCCUCAAGGACAAAUUUGAUUGUGCUGUGGCAGAGUUGAAAAAGUUGAGGAAGGAGGUGAAUGAUGUGUACAGGAGUUGUGAUAAACUCGAGUCAGAGGAUAGGAAGCUGAGGGAAAAAGUAAAGAAAAUGGAAGAAAACUACAAAUCUCAGUUAGAGCAGGUGAUUAAGAAGGCUGAUAUGCUUUCCUCACAGGUUGAUGUUAGGGGAGGUGGCAGAUUGUCCCAAUCUUCCAGCCAUGAAACCAUUCCUUCAGAUCUUUCUGCCAACAUUGAGCAACAGCUGAACAAUCUUGAACAAAAACUUUUACUUGUUGAAAAAUCUCUAGCUGAUAAUGAAACAAAAGCUAGCUCAGGUACUGUAAAGACUCAGAGUAGCUCAAGGCUGUCACUCUCUCCUGGUGAUAGUCAAAACAUUGUGCAGAAACUAAAAGAAAUGAAAGCUCAAUUAGAAAAGUCAAAUUCUCAUUUAUCCUCAAUAGCCAAAAGUAUCAAUACAAAUACAGACAAAAUGGACACUAGCGACAAUGCAGGUGCAGAGUCUUUACAAUCACGCAUUGAGAAGUAUGGCAAAAAGAUUGACAGUUUAGCUAGUAAAAUAGAACAAGGAUCAAAGCAAACGUCAGGGAACCCACAUGGGUUAGCUGGCCCACAAGAUGGUGCAGCUGUGGAUGAGUGUUUCAGGGAAAUCAAGGAGAAGCUUCAGGAGAUCAAUGAGCAGCUAGAUUGCUUGGAAGAUGACUCUGAUUCUGAUGAUGAGGAGCAGGAGAAAAUUGCUGUGGAUGAUGUGAGAGAGAGGGUGGCUAAUCUCAUGGGCUACCUCGAACAACAUUCCAACAUGACUCAGGCAGACUGGAACAUUCUUGGAAUGUUGCAGAGACAGCUGGUGUCUUCAGAUAAAACCACAACCAUAACUGAGGAACUUAGUCAUGAGGACAAACUCCUCCUGUACUCUGAUCGUCUUGCCAUGGAAGCUGUGAUCUUGCAGGAAAUGUCAGUUCUUCUUUCAGAUGAAUAUGGUGAUGAGAACAGGGACCCUGUGUUAAAAGAAAUUGAUGCUCACAACUGUCAUAUGCUGUUGACCCAGCAGAUGAUAGAGAAAGAAACACAGUCAAUGCAUAUGGAGAGGAAAGAAGAUGUGAUGAGAUCCUAUGCUUCUCUCCUGGCAGAAAAGAUAGUUCUGGAGGAUCAGUUAGUGUCACCAGCUCCUGAACAAAAUGAGUCUAUGGAGGAUGACUCCAGUUUGGGACUUAGUCGUCCCAGAGUCCUUGCCAAAGAGGCUCUGGUAAGAUCUCAAUUGGAUGCCCAUAUCAAUAACUGCUUGGAAAGGUCUCUCAAUACCCUUGAUCCUGUCUCAACUCAUGUGAUCACCAAGUCAUUGAUUCAAGGAGAACUCACUUAUGCGCUGAAUACAAUCAAAGAAACUCUUGUGUCUUUCGAUAGUCAAGGUGUUGACAUGUGCAAAAAGCGUAGAGACUUCUUGUAUAGGCAGAUGAAAGCAAGGGAGAGAGUUUUAGUGAAUUUGGUGGAAGAAUACCAAAUGCAGAUGGUGAAAUCAUUAGCUGUGAUUAUUGCCAAGGAAGGAGAAGAGGUGACUGUUUUCCAAGGUGCUGAGAGUGUCCUUGAAGAUGUCUGCUCUGAGAUCUCUACAGUGAUGGAGAAAGACAUUCAGAGCCACAAGGAAAAUGUUCGCUAUGCCGAGGACACUGAAACGGCUCACAAGCAUGAUAUAAUAGUAGACACCUUAAGGGCAGAUAGGGAAAAGGUGUUGGCUGCAAUCAGGGUAGAACAUACCAAUUAUGCAAGUCAGGAGGAACCCAGGAGUGAUGAUGUUGAGCUCCCUCUGCAGUCAGUUGAUACUACAAUAGAAAACUUUGGACAAAUCAUGGUACAAAAUGCAAUCGUGAAGGCAACAGCUGUGUUUGUGAGUGAACUGUAUGCAAAAGAAGACUUGUCUUUAGAUGUUGAUUCUAGUGAUGAUGAAAGUGUGGAUUCUGAGGUUGAAGCUGAUAAAAGCAUAAACAUUUUUGUAAAACAUUUGAGUGACAUUUUGGUAAAGGAGGCUUCCUCCAAAAGAACUUUGGCAGCACAAGUUGGAAAUAAUGGCCCAGAAACACCAGGGAAUAUAGUUGGAAGGAUACCUGAUGUGAGUAAAUAUCCUCCACGAUUAUCCAAAUAUGCUGACUCUAUAGUGAGAGAGUCAGUUUUCCAGGCUCAAUUAACCUACACACUGCAUAAAGCAAAACUACAGCAUGAUAGUGAAGUUGAACAACUAAGGCAUGACUACCCAUUGAGGAAACCAGAGUUGAUGCAUGAGGAAAGUAGAGACUCAGAGAUCGACUUCCAUGGAGUCAUCCAGCCUCUUGAGGAUGUUCUGGAGAACAAGUAUGAGGAUGAGAUGGAGGUCCUGCAAGUGAUUGACAAGCAGGUGACCAUGCUUAAAGAUGUUGUGAAAGAUUCAAAGUCUCGGAACUGGUCUCAAGUUGAGGACCAGUUGCGGCAGCUUGAGGAGACCUUCCAGCAUGAGAUGGUGGCAGCUCAGGAAAGACAUGAUGUCCACAUGGAAAUGUUCAAACAGGAGCUGACCAAGGUGGAGAGGAUGUGGGAGGACCGAGAGACCGAGCGUGUUGGUUUCGAAGGUGAAUGUGGCCAGCUCCAUGACUACAUGGAGUCCAUGCGUGCCAACCAUGAUGAGGAGGUGGAAAGAAUGAAGCAGGAUGUGAUGACCGCUGUCAGCGCCAUCAGGGCAAAUGAGGAAACACAGAUGAUUGCUCAGGUCCAGAAACUCAAGGAACAACUGGCUACACAGACAGAGAACCUCAAGACCUUCCUUGAAGAUGUGAAAAAAGAAUCUUCAAAGGCCAGUCAGCCUGACCUUGUUCGCAAAGUGGAACAGCAGCUGAUUCAACUCCAUUCAACAGCAAUGUCACUGGAUUUGGAGACGAUCCCUGCGAUUCCAAAAUCAUCUGUUUCUGACUCUGGCGAAGGAGAUCAUCCUGCUGCAAGUCUGUCUCCUACAGUAGACUCAGGGAGAGCUGAGAAGGUAAUGGACCUGUGCCAGCAUGACAAUGAAUUCGAGCAGCUGAAGCGUGAGAAGGAGGAGGCACUGGCGGAGGAGAUGAGGAACACUAAGGCUGCCUUGGAUGCCAUGAGGAAAGCUUAUGAGGAGGAGCUCGGUGAGGAGAAGGAGAAAUACAGGGAAGCUCUCAUGACCAUGUACACUGACGACUAUGUCAGUGAGUUCAAGAACAGGCAUCAACACGAGAUGGAGAAGAUGGGUGACGAGCUGGGGCAGAUACAGAUGCACUACCAGAGCAAGUGUGAGGACUACAAGCUGCUGGAGGUGAAGCUGCAGCAGACCAAGCAAGAGUAUGAGAACCACUACAAGCAGCUCAUCCUCAGUAAUGACCACCUGAACAUGAUGCUGAACAAGGAGAUAGAUGGCCUGAAGGAUUUCAUCCGCAACAAGCCCAACAUGUCCAGCGGUGGUGGAACCAUGGAGGAGGACCUCUUUGAUGCUCAGAUACUGAUCCGGGUCAAGGAUGCUGAGCUUCAGAAACUCCGAUCUCAAGUGAAAAACUUUGAAAACAGCCUGCAGAGAAGCACUGAGGAGCACCGCCAGGCUAUGACCCAGUACCUGCAGGUGCUCAAGGAGAACCACGAACUCAAGGCUCAGGUGCAAAAGGAGAAACACGAGGAGUCCCAGGAAUCCAGCUCCAAGCGACCAAUCAGGAGAACCCCCUCCUUCCACCAGCGAGCACGCAGCCCUAGCCCCCAGCCUACACAGACCAGCAAGAAGGACACGGAACACUCCAGUAGAGACUCACACAGGAGGCGCAGGAUUGGACCCCAAGAUUUAAGAAGAUCUAAGAGUAGUCCAUCCCUUCCAUACGUCUUUGAUGCCAAAAGCCUGCGACCAAAGGAUGGUGCGAAAGCUGCUGGUAAAUUAACAGGAAAAGAAGCAGCCGGGCGUUCCCCUCGUGGCGUCAAAGUGGGGAAACACUAGUUCUCUGGCUAUCUACCCUGCAGCAAGACCUCUCCAUUGUUCAGAUGACCACGAGACUUCUUUUAAACUUGCAUUUAUAUAAACGGUUUUAUCAAAAUUUCUACAUAUUGAAAAUAAUCUAGCUCUACCGAUUUAUUCAAUCCAGAUUUUGUAACAGUCUUUAUUCCUUUUGACAAUUAUGGAUAUAUUUGUGUUUUUCGUUGACAUUUUGAACAAAGGUAAAACUGGUAUUGUAGCCUGUUUAGGAGCAUACUUUUGUAUCCAUCGAACAAAGUCGGUUGAUAUUUGUUUUUAGCUGUCCAGAUGCUAUGUUCAAUCCUGUUCCUGUGUGUUUCAUAGAUAGAGCAAGGUACUAAUAUUUCAAUUAUUUUAUCCAUACAGUUGCUAUGCAUCAUUUUACCUCCAAGCAAAUACAUCACUGUAACUGCCAAAAGCUAAUUCUUGCAUUUGCAGAUCACAUCAUGCAAUAGUUGAAGUGUAAAAGUACAGAGUUUUUGUAUGCAAUUUCAGUGUGUUUUUUGCGUUUUGAUUGUUAAUUUAGUUUGAGACACAUUUCAGCAGUAUUGUACCGUUGUUCCUUUACUGUAGAUUAGAGAAGUUUACACCGAGAAGACAAGAAAUUGCAAAUAAUGCAAUUUGCACACUAUUUUGCAAAGGCUCCUUUUUGAAUUUUGCAAUACAAUUGACACACUGUACUUGUAAGAUGUUGCUGACUAGAUUAGUAAUUUAUUGAAAUUAGAAUGUUUCUCUAGAGCCAAAGAUUUUUAAGUAGACUUAUUUAUGUGGCCAUGAAGGUGCUCAUGAUAAAAAUCAAAAUGUUCAGCCGAAUUGUGAACAAGGACAUUAGUCUUCCGAUGAUGAACCAAAAACACUUCCGUAACUUGACAUUAUUGGCUUCUUCACCAUGCAAAUAAAUGUCUUCAUGCAAUAAACAACUGAAGAUAGUUUGAUCCGAAGUUAUUGGUCCAGACUCGAGAAGGAAACUACAUCACAUCUUCCAGUAAAUAAUCAUUCAUGACACUGUGCACAACAUUGCAUCCUGUCUGUACUGAAGGCUGAUAGGAACCACAAGGUAUAAACUUCUUCCACGUCAAACAUCUUAUUGGUCGUUUGAAAUAUGACUGCAUCGAAGCAGGGAUCAACUCCUUCUUCCAUCCUAACAAUUACCAAGAACAUCGGUCAGCAUUCUACUGACACCCAUUUAGAUGUACCUUUCCAAUAAUCUAUACUGGGUACCUGUAGUAAUCUCCUGUGAACCAACCAGUUACCACACAUACCAUUUGUAUGAGUUGACUGGUAGUUUUGAAAUUUCUUCAUGAGAUGAUUUAUGUACUUAAUGAGUUGAAUGCCAAAUUUGAACACACUACCACCGUGAACAAAAUUGUGUCUAAUGUAGGAUUUUGUUGUCAGAUCUUGCCAAACAAACUAUGAAGUAUUAAGACAAAAAGCUAUAGGUCAAUAUCAUCUUUAGACUAUGGUCACUGAUUGUUUGGGCUGUCUGAAAGUAACAUGAACUCUGAAAAGCGCAAGGGCUGUCAUUUUUGCAAUAGUUUUUCAGAGAACUGGGAACUAAUUUAUUUUUGUUAUGUUUGUGUAUUUUGAACAAGCUAAUAUUAACAUAAGGAAACAAUUUAAGAUAUUAUCAGAUGGUGAAAUGCAUUUAUUUGCAAAUGCAUGACAAUAUACUACAGGAUUGUCGUAUUUGAACAAUGUUAAGUUGAGUACUACCGGGUAUUUGAUUGUGUCUUGAAGGGUUGUAUUUCGCUUGUUGGAUAUUUAUCCGAAGUGUCCGAUCAGCAUUUAAUGACCUUUACGUCCUUUUUUUUAGCAAGACUAUGGUUGUGAAACAAGAGUCACAAGAUUUCUUUGUGACUGACGUAUACAAGAUUUGCUCAUUAUCGAACUGCAAUACAGACUGUGACCGGCAUACAGACAUAUGUGUGGACUACUCUAAGUGAGCUUUCAAUAUCCUACAUAUCAAAAGGGAAAACAGUCAACUUGCCGUUAAAUUAUUUUCAGGGAAACAAACUCUUAAUGAUUGUAACAUAAUGUAGAUUUUCCUAUUCACGAACUAAACCUAUGUAAAAUAAUGGCAUAUUUUAGUAAUUUAUUUCAAAAUAAAUCUCAAUAUACAGUUGUGGAGAUUUUAAUUCUGAAUAAAGGUAUGUGACCCAACUUAAGUAAUUGUAUCAGCUGUUACCCCAUGUUUAUUUUGUAUAGAUGUCUUUAUACCCUGUCAAUAUUUAAUAUUUGUUUAUUUUGUGUGUUACCAGAGUGUUAUUCCCUUGUAUGUCCAAUGUUGCCAUAUCCCUUGGUUACUGCUGUGAGUACAGUGAAGAGUGAUAGUUGUCAGACAUUUUCCUGCUUAAACUUCAGGGACCGCCUUUUGUACAUCUAACAAUGCUUAUUGUUCCACAUAUCUGUACAUUGUAUAAUAUUUGUGUAAUUUCGUCCGCAUGUUUUACCAUUGUUUACCACUUAUACAUAUUUGCCAUAGUUAGACUUUCACAAGCCUGUUGUAAACAGCAUGUACAGUGAGGGGGAAGGAAAAUGCAAUCUUUUGAUUUUUUUUUUCAAUUUUGCAUAUAUAUACAGCUAUACAUAUCUAUGUACUAACUUGUAUACAAUACAGCCAAAUACAUAUAUUUUGGAAAUGAGAA